AUGGCAUCCACACCCCAGUCACGCACAAAGUCGCCAACGAUAAAGCGCAUAUUGCGCGAAGCCGCUGAGCUCACCUCGACUCCGUCGCCAGACUACACAGCCGAGCCUCUCGAGACAGACCUAUUCGAAUGGCACUUCACCCUGCGCGGUCCCCCCCACUCGGCCUACAGCGACGGCCUGUACCAUGGACGUAUAAUACUACCUUCGACAUACCCGCUUCGGCCGCCAAGCUUCCGCUUCAUGACCCCCAACGGCCGCUUCGAGGCCAACCGCGAGAUCUGUCUGAGCAUUAGUGGCCAUCACGAGGAGACGUGGCAGCCAGCAUGGGGAAUUCGCACCGCUAUCGUCGCACUCCGAAGUUUCAUGGAAACUGACGCCCAUGGCCAACUCGGCGGGUACGAUACGACCGAGGAAGUCCGUCGACGCCUAGCUACCGAGUCACAUUCGUUCAGGUGUCCUGGAUGUGCCAAGACGAACGCCGAGAUCAUAAGGGAGUGCGAAGAGCGGGCCAAGGAGGCCGACACUGACGGCCAGGAUGUCGAUAUUCCCGAGGAGCUGAGCAUGGGAUUCAAGGACCAGAUGGGCGGCACACCCGAAAACAAGAGCCAGGCUGGUGGUGACACAUCCGAUACCAACGCGGCCUCCUCUUCUCAUCCGACGCCGCCUAACGGCACUGACCAUAGCGCCCCCUCAAAUAUCGCGGAACACCCUCCUCCUCUCUCGCCUCGACCGGCGCAGGCUGUACCCCAGCCGACUCGCACAAUACCCGCCGCGCAUUGGCAGCCGCAGAGCCGUCCCGCCGUAAACAUGAUGAUGCGUGACCCGCAGAACGGGGUGCCCAUAUGGAUUGACCGGCUCAUUGUCGGUCUCGUGGUUGUGCUUGCAGCUCUAGUCAUCAAGGUCAUGUUUGGCGCUUGA